CUCUCUCUCUCUCUCUCUAUCUCAUCUUCUUUAGUCUCUCUCUCUCUCCCUCUCUAUCUGCAGUCUUCCUCUCAUAAGCCCAUCCCACAAUAUGGCAGACUUAAGUUUCUAUGUUGGAGUCAUAGGAAAUGUAAUAUCGGUGCUUGUCUUCCUCUCCCCUGUGGAGACGUUUUGGAAGAUAGUGAAAGGGAGAUCGACGGAGGAGUACGAGUGUUUGCCUUACGUUUGCACGUUGAUGAGUUCGUCGUUAUGGACAUAUUACGGGAUAGUCACACCUGGUGAAUACUUGGUUUCUACAGUCAAUGGCUUUGGUGCUCUUGCUGAGUCCAUCUACGUUCUCAUUUUCCUCUUCUUUGUCCCCAAAUCCAGAUUCUUGAAAACAGUUGCAAUGGUUCUAGCUCUGAAUGUGUGUUUCCCAGUAAUAGCGAUUUUGGGAACAAGAACAGCGUUUGGAGAUGCAAACUCGCGUUCUACUUCAAUGGGUUUCAUAUGUGCUACUCUCAACAUUAUCAUGUAUGGUUCUCCUCUUUCCGUUAUUAAAACGGUAGUGACGACGAGGAGUGUUCAGUUUAUGCCAUUUUGGUUGUCCUUCUUCCUCUUUCUGAACGGUGCCAUUUGGGGUGUCUACGCUUUGCUCCUACACGAUGUUUUUCUACUAGUGCCAAAUGGAAUGGGAUUCUUGCUUGGGACCGUGCAACUCCUAAUUUAUGCGUAUUACAGAAAUGCCAGACCAAAUGUACAAGAUCAUGAAGAAGGCCUCAUAAUACCACCAAGCCAACCUCUCCUCUCUUAACCAGCUUACCUUUUAUCCAAAAAAAUAUAUAUAUAACUAAAAAAUGAAUACAAAAAAAUUUCAAUUCUUGACGAACAAAUUAUAAAAAAAAAAUCAUUUUUUUUUGGUGUGUGUACUCGAGUACUCGUUUUGAUGGCGACCUGUUAACAAAUCUCUUUUUCGUUUAUUUUGUAUUAUCUUCGGGCCGAAUGUGAAUGCAUGUGUGAUUGUAAUA